GUGGCAUUAAGUGUCCUGUUUGCAGCUUUGUGUAUGGCACAAAAUGGGAGUUCAACAGACAUCUUAAAAACAAGCAUGGAAUGAAGCUAGUGGAACACGAUGGGGAGACCAAGUGGGAGGUAAAGCAAUUAUCUGAAGAAGCAUCCACUCAGUAUCUCCAUAUCACGGAGGCUGGAGAAGAUGUUCAAGGCACUCAAGCUGCUGUAGCAGCAUUACAGAACCUUAGAUAUACCUCUGAGAAUGGUGAAAGACUUGAUCCAACAGCUGUAAACAUCCUGCAGCAAAUCAUUGAGUUGGGUUCGGAAACCCAUGAUGCCACUGCAGUUGCUUCUGUCGUUACCAUGGCACCUGGCACUGUGACUGUGGUGAAGCAG